CCCACCUCCUUUCCCCCCCUCUAGAACUAGCUGCCUUGACAAAGUCUGGCCGCCGCGUGAUCUGAAGGAAGGGUCGACGCCGACACCAUGAAUAUCCGGAAUGCGCGGCCUGAGGACCUGAUGAACAUGCAACACUGCAACCUUCUUUGCUUGCCUGAGAACUAUCAGAUGAAGUAUUAUUUCUAUCAUGGACUCUCCUGGCCACAGCUCUCCUACAUUGCUGAGGAUGAGAAUGGCAAGAUUGUGGGCUAUGUGCUGGCUAAAAUGGAAGAAGACCCCGAUGACGUGCCCCAUGGACACAUCACAUCUCUGGCGGUCAAGCGUUCCCACCGCCGCCUGGGCCUGGCUCAAAAGCUGAUGGACCAGGCCUCACGUGCCAUGAUCGAGAACUUCAAUGCCAAGUAUGUCUCUCUGCACGUGCGGAAGAGUAAUCGCGCAGCGCUCCACCUCUAUUCCAACACGCUCAACUUCCAGAUCAGUGAAGUGGAGCCCAAAUACUACGCUGAUGGGGAAGACGCUUACGCUAUGAAGCGUGAUUUGACGCAAAUGGCGGAGGAGGUGAGCAGGGACCCUGCUGAUGCCCUCAAUACAGGACUGCGGAGGCAGGUGGACCUGAAGGAGAAGAGCAAGCACUCAGUGCUGGGCUCCAUCGAGAACAAAGGUGGCGACCACAAGGCCAACCACGUGGGCGAUUGCUGCCGGGACGACAAGUGCCCCGGGACUGUGGUGGGCACUGGGCCCGGGGCCGCCGAGGACAGCGGGGACAGCAAGGACGUCAGCGAGGUCAGCGAGGCCACAGAGAGCACAGACGUCAAGGACAGCUCAGAGGCCUCCGACUCUGCCUCGUAGCGAGGACUGCCGCCAUGCCCUUCGCUCCAGCUGAAGGACUCGUGGUCCUGUCUUUGGCUAGGCCCCUGCAGAGGGACUGGAAAUAAAAGCAUACAGAACCAGA